AUGUUUGAGGGUUUAGACCAAGCGUUUUUGAAAAGUAAUGAUGCCUGGGUUCAAAGUUAUAAAUUGGUAGAUUGGGCAGACAUAGCGACUAUCGAUAAAUUGAUAGUGACAACAGAAUCAUUGGUCCAGAAGUAUAAUAAUCCAAAUGAAGAUGUGAAGCGAAAUAUAUACCAAGUUUUCGGAGAACUUUUAGAUCGCUACCCAUUAUUUUACGGAUACUGGAAACGGUUUGUUGCGGUUAAGUAUCAGCUGGAUGGCUUGGACGCUUCUAUAGCGACACUGGAACAAUCUUUAGAUUCUUUCCCAACGUCACUUGAUCUUUGGAUUGACUUACUUAAUGUCCGUUUAACUCACAACCAGAACGAUCACGAAUUGGUACGAUCACAGUUUGAGAAGUGCGAAUCUUUGGUAGGAUUUCAUUUCCUCUCGCAUGAUAUAUGGGAUAAACACAUUGCCUUUGAAACCAAGCUAAAGGAUUGGGAAAACCUUUACAAGAUAUACAGAAAGCUAAUAAAACUCCCACUCCACCAGUACGCAAGAUAUUAUUCCAGUUUCAAGGAGUUCUUAGAGUAUCACCCCGAAUUCUCAAAUAAGGACCCAAAUUUUGAUAUAGAUGCAGUGUUUGUUGCCAAUCAGGUAAUUGUGAACAAACUUUGGACCUACGAAUCGAAAAUCAAACAACCAUUUUUCAAUAUCCCAGAGCUUCCGGAGUCAGAACUCCAAAAUUGGGAUUCAUAUCUAGCAUUUUUACUCACGGAUUCCAGCUUUGAACCAGAUUUGAUAAAGUGUACUUUUGAACGGUGCCUAAUACCGUGCUUGAAAUACGAACCUUUCUGGGACGCAUAUAUAACUUGGAUGGAGAAAACUUCUCCAUUCGAAGCAGUAUUCCCAUUAUUCAAAAGAGCAACUGAAGCUCUUCCAGCACAGAACAAAUCUUUCAAGGUAAAGUAUAUCCAAUUUUUGGAAAAACAUUUGGACCCUAAUGAUAAUUUGUCCGUCAAAUACUACAUGGACGCUCUUUAUGCCUUUCAAUUAAAAUGGCCUCAAGAUUCCAGCUCCAUAUACAAGUAUUUGAAGUUCUACAAAAAGCGUAACUUUCCUUGGUCUUCAGAUGAUGAUGAUAAGAAAAUUCUUGAACAACAGAAAGGAUAUGCUGUAUUCUUAGAUAAUAUCAUCAAAGCAUAUUUGUCUGAAAACACUGCCCAAAUGGAAACUCUAGGUCAAUCACAACAGCUUAUGGCCAUGUUAAAUGAUACAAAUCUCUCCAUAUUAGUGGUAGAACUAAUUAAGAUUUAUUGGUUGGUACUAAAAAACAUAAUACAGUGUCGGAAAUACUUUACGUAUUUCACAAAAUUAGAUCAAUUGAAGUCAUCUGUCACAUUUUGGUUGACUUAUUAUAAAUUUGAAAAGAGUCAGAGAAACGUUGCUAGACUAACUAAAUUUGUUGACCAACUUGGAUCAGAAAUUCCUUUACCUACACAAGCCAUUAACUAUAUUGUACAAGACUUCCAAAGCUUUUACUUGAUGAAUGCCGACUUUGCUGAAUACGAAAAUAGUUUAUCCACUAAUAGGUUUGGAUACGAUCCAAUAAUCCACGGAGAACUAAAAAUCAACAAUCCAACAUGGAAACUUAACCCAAAACCAAGUAAAGAUUGGUUCAAAUCAGAUGAAUACAAAUCCAAUGGACAUCCUGGAUUACUAGUUGAUAAGCCUCAAAUUAAAAACACCAUCAUUGGUUCACUCUCUACUAAGAGUUCCAAGGGAAAUAAAGCAGCGCCUCUACCAGCAUUUAGAAAUCUCGAAAAGAUUCACCAAAAGCCUCGUUACGAGGACUAUAUGUCUAUAGAUUAUUUGAAGUAA